AUGUCCAACGAGCAGAAACCAAACGUCCAUAAAUCCAAAAAAGAGAAAACACAUGGCGGUGUGGAGAUCUCUGGCAGAGACGAAGCAAAACCAGCAGGCGAGGAGACCUUUAGCGGAGACAAGACAGAACGAGCAGGCGUGGAAACCUCUGGCAAAGACGAGGCACGGCCAGCAGGACGAGGUCGACCAAGUAUGACGGCCACCUUAAGCUCCUCCAGCGGCUUAGAGGUCCUCCUUUCCACUCUGCAGAAUGUAGGGGAUGUGGAGAGCACCUUAAAUAUCCUCAGUGUCUUGGAUGAACUUCUGUCAGCUGGUACAGAUCGGCGUAUCCACUAUAUGAUCAAGAAAGGUGGUAGUGAGGCUCUGCUGACUGCACUGGUCAAAUAUGGCCACACUUUCAGUCCCAACUACACUAUACUCAUACCACUCCUGCACCUGCUAGCUAAAGUUGGACACAAAGACCGUCGUAUUGGUAUGAAAGCAGAAGAGGCAGGUGCAGUGCUGCUGACUCUGAAUCUGCUGAAACACAAUGGCCAGCAUGCCAGGAGAACUGCUGCCUGCCUCUGGGUGAUCCAAGUCUUCUGUUCAUCAGUUUCUACAGCAAACCUCAUAGGAGAAAACCACGGACUGGAUGUCAUCUACCGCCUCAUUCCUCAAUACACAACCAAGCAUCUGCAUGCUAUUAAGGCAGCCAUUAAUGCCUUUUCUGCUCUGCUGUGCACAAAGGCAAAUGUUUGUUCUGCGGUAUCUAAUGGAUACAUCUCUGGCCUCUUGUGGCUUUAUGAGGACUGGCAUAGCAAAGAUACCCAAGAUGUUGCCAUAGCAAUCCGUCAUGCACUCCUGUGCUGCCUCCUUAAGGCCACUGACAGCACUGCAGGCAGGCAGGCUUUUCUAUCCCAGGGAGGUAUCAGACUCCUAUUUCAAACUGCACAGACAUGUUUAUUAAGCAAAAAUCUGGAGUGUUUGGUGGAGCCAUCCGUGCAGCUGAUGAGGAAGUGUCUUCCUAGAAUUCCUCUACCAGUCACAUCAGAUCAGUCUGCAUAUAGCUUUCUCCUGCCUGGUACAACUGCUUUCCCGGAUGUUAGUGAGACACCAGAUGAGAGCAGUGAUGAGAGUGAUGCUGAAGAAGCUGAAGAUAACCAUGAGGCCAACAACAGAGACUUUGAUGAUGACUUGGAGACUGACCUGAACAAACUUCGUCUUCCUCCUGACCCUGACAGACCUAAAGAGCUGCUUACACAGUACAGCUGCUUUUGUCCUGAACUGUCACAUGAUUUCCAGGAGCUGGAUCUGAGUUCAGAGACAGGGGAUAGUUCAACAGCAUCAUCAUCAGAUGAUGAUGAGGUAGUGCUCCUUGACAAGGACAGGACAAAGACUACUGCAAGUCGAGAUUCCUCUACCUCCUCUGAUGGUUCUUACCCAGAGAUGGAAAUAUCCAGAAGAGACAUGCCAGCCGCUGCCCAUUUAGAAGCGUGUGAUUUCCACAGUCACAGCAGCAUCCUGGGCACAAGCCCUGGGUUCAGGACCAUGGUUAGAGGGGCAAUGUAAGCUCAAACCUCCCCAUGUCAGAGAGAAGAUGAGCAAGAUAAUGAAGAAGAUGGAACAGAAGAAUUUUUUCAUCAUACAAUAAUAGACAGGUUACUGGAGCGGCACGGAGCCGGUAUUCCCCACCAUGAUCCCAAGCUGUAUUGUGCCGUAGCUUCCAAAACCAAAUCCAUUCCAGAUUUUAGCAUCCUGGCCUUUCCUGAUUUCUGGGGUCAUCUUCCACCACCAGGACAUCAACCCAUGGCCCCACGCAAACCCAACAUACAGAGACAGAAAGUGUUUGAAGAUAUUCAGCGUUUUCUGAAAACUGAUGACAUCAUUAACCAUGUUGUCUUUGACCUCGAAGAUAGCAAUCUUCAGUGUCAGUCUGAUUCUUUGAGGUUUUUUUCCAAGUUUGAAACUGGGAAUCUGAGAAAGGCUGUUCAGGUCCGCAGAUAUGAAUAUGACCUCAUAUUGAAUCCAGAUGUUAACUCUUCCCAGCAUACCCAGUGGUUUUACUUUGAAGUUAGUAACAUGGCAGCCGAUGUCCCAUACCGUUUUAAUGUCAUCAACUGUGAGAAGAGCAACAGCCAGUUCAACUAUGGAAUGCAGCCGGUCCUGUACUCAGUAAAAGAAGCCCUGGAAGGUAGGCCACACUGGAUCAGAACUGGAACGGAAAUUUGUUAUUUCAGAAACAACUUUUGUCCAGCACAGGGCAGAAGGAGAACUACCUUUUACACCCUGACCUUUACCAUCACCUUCAAACACAGUGAGGAUGUCUGCUACCUGGCCUACCAUUAUCCCUACACAUACUCUGCUCUGAUGGCUCACUUGAAAAUACUGCAGAAAUCAGUGGAUCCGGCCAAGGUGUUUUUCAAGCAGCAGACUCUUUGUAGCACUUUGGCUGGAAACUCCUGUCCAAUAGUUACCAUCACUGCCUGUCCAGUCAGCAGAAGGUGGAAAGACCUGCACCAGAUGCGUAAUCGCCCCUAUAUUGUACUGACCAGCCGUGUGCAUCCUGGUGAGUCCAAUGCCAGCUGGGUGAUGAAGGGCACUUUGGAGUUUCUGUGCAGCAAUGACCUGGUGGCCCAGAGUCUCAGGGAGGCCUUCGUCUUUAAGGUCAUUCCCAUGCUCAACCCAGAUGGAGUCAUCAAUGGCACAAAUCGCUGUGACCUGAACAGCAAAGAUCUGAAUCGUCAGUGGAGUAAACCAGACCCUCUUCUGAGUCCAACCAUCUACCACACCAAAGGCUUUCUCUACUACCUUAACAUUAUAGGACGGACUCCAGUGGUUUUCUGUGACUACCAUGGCCACUCUCGAAAAAAGAAUGUGUUCCUGUAUGGCUGCAGCAUUAAGGAGACUCUCUGGCAGUCUGGCUCUGCAGUUAACACUGUAGGAUUGAAAGAGGAUCCUGGAUAUAGGACCAUUCCAAAGACCUUGGAUCGUAUCGCACCGACCUUUUCUUUCAACAGCUGCAACUUUUUGGUAGAGAAGUCUCGCUCUGCUACAGCCAGAGUGGUUGUCUGGAGGGAAAUGGGAGUUCUGAGAAGUUAUACUUUGGAGAAUACUUACAAUGGCUGCAACCAGGGAAUAUACAAGGGGCUGCAGACAGGAACCCAGGAGCACCAGGAAAUGGGGAUGAAGUUCUGCCACAGUCUGUUGUCUGUAACCAAAGACACAAGGAUUCUAUACAGCAGGAAACUCAUCAACCAUAUUGACCUGGACCACAACAUGCUGGACCACAAGUCUCACAACUGUUUUGAAGACGAUGAGCCUCCGUGUGCUGAGGAGAUCGAGUACUCUGGUGGCUGUCCCACACUUAAGGGCAGUGAUUUGGAUUCAGACAUUGACAGCAACAUGGCCCAUGUUGAUGAUGAUGAUGAUGACAAAGAGCACAGUGCUCAAAAACAUCAGCAAGACAGCAUCAGUCAGUCUCAGCAGUCAAGCAUAAAGAACCACCUGUUUCCUCCACAAACCCGGCAGCCAUCCGUUGAUACACCUAGUGAGAGAAGAGACUUGCGUAAUGGUUUGAGCAUUGCAAAAUGA